CCUCUUUCUCACUUUCCCUUAACUUGCUCAACAACAUUUUCCUGAGUCCCCAACUCAUUCCUUUUUCAGCAAUUCACACCUAUUUGAAGCUUACAACACAUGAUUCCCCAAUACUCUUUACAUUAUCAUAUUAUGAUUCAACUCCUAAUCCUCUUUUGAUUCUUCCCUAUACUAUAAGUACCAAUCAUUUUUAGGGUUCAUUUACUUGCACUUUCUCUGCGCUAACUCCAAAAAUGGGUGCUAAAUCAAGCAAAAUACCGUCAAAUGAUGCAAACCCACCUGUAAAUGAUGAAAAUACAAACACCCAGAUGAACAAUAAUGAAUUAAGCUCUUAUUUACAGGCUUGUCAACUCGACCCAGAUGUUCAAGUCUUCGAUUCUCACCUCCAUGAACGCACUACUCACAUCAUUAAUUCCCUUACUAAUGUUGGGGAUGAAGGUUUUGAGGUUCAUUCUUUAUCCCUUGAUUCUCUUAGACAAGUUGCUGGUUGUUUAAUUGAUAUGAAUCAGGAAGUUGUUAGAGUAAUUUUAGAAUGCAAAAAAGAUAUUUGGAAUAAUCAGGAUUUAUUCGCUUUAGUACAAGAUUAUUUUGAGUAUAGUGUACAAACCCUAGAUUUUUUUACCGCCCUUGAUAGAUGUCUCAAAAGGGUUCGUGAUCGUCACAUAAUUAUUCAAGUUGCUUUACAUCAAUUUGAAGAUAAUUUCGGAAAUGGUGAGAAUUUUUUGCAGGAAUUAAGGAAAUUUAAGGAAGCUGGUGACCCUUUUACUGAGGAAUUUUUCAGUAUUUUUAAAUCUGUUUAUAAACAACAAGUACAGAUGUUUGAGAAAUUGCAACUUAGAAAACAUAAGCUUGAUAAGAAAUUGAAAUCAUUGAACAUAUAUAGGAAGGUUUCAAACAUAAUAUUUGCAGCCACAUUUGUGGCAGUGAUUAUAUGUUCUGUGGUUGCUGCCGCCAUUUCGGCCCCACCGUUGGUGACGGCUCUGGCUGCUGCCGCCUCUGCUCCGAUGGGGGGAAUCGGUAGGUGGAUGAAUUCAUUGUGGAAGAAGUAUGAGAAGGAGUUUAAGAUUCAGAGGGAGUUAAUUAACUCGAUGCAAGUCGGGACUUACAUUGUAAUCAAAGACUUAGAUAGCAUUCGUGUUCUUGUCGAUAAGUUAGAGAUUCAAGUCGAAUCAAUGUUAGCAAAUGCUGAAAUCGUGCUUACCCAAGAGGGGGAAGUUACGAAGGUGAUAGAGGCGAUCAAGGUUAAGCAAACGGAGUUUUUGGAGGCUAUUGAGGAGCUUGCGGAGUAUGGGAACAAGUACAGCCGAGAUAUAAGAAGGGCUAGGACAGUGAUCCUGCAACGGAUCAUCAAGCAUCCGAAUGAUGAUUGAACCGGUUAUUCUAUCUAAUGUUUGUUGCUGUAUAAUACUUGUUAGAUUCCAUGUUUGUGUGACUUUGAAGAAUGUAGCAUCAUUAACAGGUUAAACAUUGUUGGGGUUGAUUUGGAUGUAGGGUUCCUAGGCUAUUGCUAGAUUUGUUGAUCUGUUUGAGAGUUAUGUACACUACAUUUUCACUUAAUGGCUAUGAUUUAAGA